CAGGGAGCAAGACAUCUACCGGUCGAAUUUUGUAUAGCACACACACCCGAGGCAAGCUGAGGGGUCAUGGAGUUAGUAGACGACCUGUGCCUGUCGAGAAUAUUGGGAUUCCUAGAUCUACCCGACCAGAUUGCUAUGCUGGAGAGCUACGAACGCUGUCGUUUUCUUCUCGGUGGCCUAUGGCGUCACCGGCUGACCAGACUCUCGAUAAACCUUCUUGAGGUUCCCCUUCACGGAGAUGAUUUCGAACUUCUCUUGGCGAGCACGUGUCAACGACUGCAGGAGCUGAGGAUUAGCUAUAUGCCCAGAUCUCAUUUUGAGGUUCUUGUCGGGCACAACUUUCCCAAAAUGUGUCUGCUGCAAGUGGACGUCCUACCACCGUUUUUUCUGAGCUCCAGCCGAAGAAAUCAGUUAAGGGAAAUUUUCCCAAAAUCCUCUUACUUUGACCAAUGGCCUACAAAGAGCCCCAUGCUUCACUGCCAAUACCUAAAAUUGUCGGUCAAUUUUGACCACUUCCAAAUACUUCGCGCCAUAGGAAAAGGAAGUUUCGGAAAGGUCUGCAUUGUUCAAAAGCGGGAUAGCGGUAUCCUAUACGCCAUGAAAUAUGUUAGUCGCUCAGCCUGCGAGUUGCGUGGAGCUCUUGGCGGUGUCAUUAAGGAGGUGGAACUACUAUCGUCACUGGAGCAUCCGUUUCUUGUCAAUUUAUGGUUCUCGUUUCAGGAUGAGGAGGACUUAUUUAUGGUUUGCGACUUGUUGACGGGUGGCGACUUGAGAUAUCAUUUACAAAACCGCGUGGAGUUCUCGGAGCAGAGUGUGGCCUUAUUAGUGUGCGAGCUUGGCAGUGCAUUGGAGUACUUGCAAUCGCACCGAGUGGUUCACAGGGACAUAAAGCCCGACAAUAUUCUUCUGGACGAUGCCGGACAUGCUCAUUUGACUGAUUUCAACAUUGCAACGAGGUUGCAAAAGGAUGCUUUGGCCUGCAGCAUGUCGGGGACGAAACCGUAUAUGGCACCUGAGGUAUUUCUGUGUGCUCUGGACGAAGUGGCCGGCUAUAGUUAUUCUGUGGACUGGUGGUCGCUUGGCGUAGUGGCUUAUGAGAUGCGGGGCAAUAUUCGACCCUUUGUGGUGCAUUCGAACACACCUUUGGAGGAGAUAAAGAAUAUAUUGAACACCCCCGUGCACUACCCCCGCUAUUGGAGCAGAAACUUUGUCGAUCUGCUCCAGAAGUUACUCUCCACUUAUCCUGGUGCCAGGAUCAGCACAAAGCAGGAGCUGCAUCAGACCCCGUUACUACGUAACAUUGACUUCCAGAAAGUGCUCGAGAAGAAGAUAAAGCCUAUCUAUAAGCCCCCUGAAGACCACCUUAACUGUGAUCCAUGCCUGGAGCUGGAGGAAAUGAUUGUGGAGACGCGACCCUUACAUAAAAAGAAGAAGCGCCUGGCCAAACAGCGGUCGGCACAACGCGACAGCGAUCCCGAGACCGCGCUGGUCAAAGAGUUCAUCGUUUACAACCGCUACAAAGAGCUGAAGCGCAAGGCCAUGGAACAGAAGGAGAACGAUUGGCAGAGAGAACUUGAAUUAGCCAUGGCUAACUCCAUUGUAAAUAGCUUGGCGCCUAUCCAGGAGAAACCCGCCGCUUCCAUUGUGCACGCUGCCGAAGCCACUGCCGCACCAUCCGCAGCCGCCCAGUCAAAGACUGACAGCAUUGAAUUUAUUGAUCGGACUCCUUCACCACAGUUCAAGCAAUCGGCUGGCACUUCAAAAAUAAUACCGAAAGAAAAUUAAGAAAGUGUCGGUAAGCAACAGGUUUCAAAGUACACAACUUUCCAGGCCCACUUGCCCAGCGAUGACUUGACAGCCAUCCAUCCUCAGAGAACCACAAUCUAUUUUCCGAUAUCCGCUGAAUUUCACUUUUUGUACAUGUAUAUAAUAAAUUUUAACAUUUAUAUAUUUUUUAGCG